AUGGCAGAAAGAAAAGAAGAGAAUCAAACAGAAAUCACAGAAUUCCAUUUGAUGGGAUUUGUAGGACUUGGAGAUCUGCAGAUUCCACUCUUCUGCCUUUUCUUAGUUAUCUAUAUUGCUACUAUGGUGGGGAAUAUCCUCAUUAUUUUGCUGGUUGUUACUAAUCCCCACCUUCACACACCCAUGUAUUUCUUUCUGAGUAAUCUCUCUUGCCUGGAGGUCUGCUACAGUUGUAACAUCCUUCCAAUUAUGCUGGCUAAUGUCUUGUAUGGUGGGCAGACUACAGUCUCUGUAACUGGCUGCAUAAUGCAACAUUGCCUUUUUUGUCUUUUGGUAAUUUUUGAAUGUUGCCUCUUACUGGCAAUGUCCUAUGAUAGGUAUGUAGCAAUCUGCAAACCGCUCCAUUACACAACACUAAUGAAUGAUAAAGUUUGCAUCCAACUCAUAAUUGGAUCAUGGAUCCAUAGUUUAUUUGUCAUGAGCAUAGUUUUAUAUCUCAUGUGUCAGUUAAAGUUUUGUGGCCCAAAUGAAAUCCAUCAUUUCUUUUGUGAAUUAAAUCCAAUAUCAAAGUUAGCAUGCAGUGAUAUUCACUUGAUUGAACUUGUCACUAUUUCAUUAUCUGCUCUGAGCAUCUUGUUUCCUUUCUUCUUGAUUUUGGUGUCUUAUAUUUUCAUUAUUUCCACCAUCAUGAGAAUGUCAUCUGUCAGUGGCAGGAAAAAGGCUUUCUCAACUUGUUCGUCACAUCUUAUAGUGGUGUCCAUUUACUUUAGCACCUUAAUCAUAGUCUACAUGUUGCCAAAAACAGAUGGGCUGCGAGAAAUCAACAAAGUGUUGUGUUUGUUUUAUACAAUUGUGACCCCUUUGUUCAACCCCCUGAUAUACAGCUUACGAAACAGGGAAGUAACAGAGGCACUUAAAAAACUAAUUGCUACCCUGUUUCUCCAAAAAUAA